GUUCGUUGUCUUUGCACCUUUUUCACGCCUUGCUAUAACCGCUAUCUUGCUGUUUGUGCUCUUUCAGUAAGCGGAGGUUUCCCAAUAAGUCGCUACCGCUGCUUGAUAGUUGCCUCCUAAGGCAGAUCAAUUUCAGGGCGGCUUGAAAGUCCUGACCAGGAAUGGCUUCUUAUAGAGGCGCGCGCAUCGGGCAGCGGGAAGCUAGCUUUGAAGAUGUCGUUCGCGAGUUGAGCGUCUCCGCCUUGGAUGCAUUCUUUGACAACCUAAAGGACGAAGAUUGUCUUACUUCAGUACGCUUGGUGUGUCGCGCCCUACGGAAUGCUGUGGACGGCAGUGCGCGGGAGUUGAGGUUCCGCGUUGAUAAUGAUGUCGGGGACCAAUGGAAGGCGGGCCAGUUGCCGUCCCUAUCCCGCUGGCCUCGCUGCACCUCCGUCAGACUCGUGCACGCUGUGCAGGUCACUGACCAGCUUGCAGACAGCUCCGCCCGCCUCCUCCUCCUGCCCUUCUCGGGCAUGUCGCUCAAUGCCCGACAGCGUAUCACGCACCUGACGAUAAGCGAGGAGAAAAAACGCCCACUGCUUAGCGCCACCUCCGUUGUCGCCCUCAUAGCGCAGCGGUUGCCAGGGCUGCGGGAGCUGAAGCUGCACCGACUGUCCAUCAUGCCAGCUGACCGAUUGAAUCUCUGUGCCAUGUACGACAGCCUCCAGGCUUCCCUUCCUCACCUAGAGCUCCUCACGCUUCCUAGCUAUCGGGCUCUAAAAAGCAUAGAAAUCCUAGCCGGCGACAACCUUAAACACGUGGAAGCUUACUGCUACCAUGACUAUGCCCCGCUCAAUUUCAAGAUCCUAGACAGCUUGGCCCAAUUGGACGGCCUUCGAAAGCUCUCCUUAUACCAAUGCGAGCUUUCCCCAUCUGCUCAUCACGUUGUUAGCAGGUGCUCGCUACAACAGCUGCUGGCCAGCCUGCCGGCCUCCGUACAGCACCUGCAGCUGUACGAUUGCGGUCGUACAAGCCUUGCCACGCCGUUCAACGCUGCCAUUGCCGUAAAGUUGCGCCGCAUCAUCUCUUUGGAUCUUUCCUUCGAGAAGCACCUUACAACGACGUCGCUUCUCCUUAUGCUCAGAAAACAGA